GCGGGAUGUCUGCGUGUCCAUGAGUGCGUGUGCUUGGUGAAGGCGCCACGUCGGCAGAAGCAGCAGAGAGAAGAGCAGCAGCGGCGGCAGCAGCAGCGGCGGGUCUGCAGAAACUCUGGAGAAGUUGGUUGUUUGGAGGGCUGACGGACUGACGGACUGACAGCUGCAGGGUUCAGGUUCCCCCUCCAAAACCCAGACCGAGGCCCGUUUCUCAAUCUGCUGCUGGCUCAGGUGUUCCAGCCAGAAGCACUGGGAACAAUGGUGAAGGUUUUUCCGCAGGACGUGAACAGCGUGAACGUGGAGCCGCAGCCCGGGACCAGCCUGGCCUUGGACGAAGCUGAGCCCGCCGACAGCCAGUCCCCAGAGGACCCCGGUAAAGAUCACGCCGUCGCUCCGCCUGGCAUGGUGUGGCGGGUCACUGGCGGCCUCUUCAACGUCACCAAGGGCGUAGUCGGCGCCGCGGUGGGCGGAGUCGCCUGGGUGGGCGGGAAGAGCCUGGAGAUCACCAAGUCGGCGGUGACCACGGUGCCGUCGGUGGGCGUGGGUCUGGUGAAGGGCGGCGUCUCCGCCGUGGCCGGCGGCGUCUCCAGCGUGGGCUCUACAGUCGCCAACAAAGUGCCGUUCACCGCCAAGAGGAAGGACAAGUCAGAGUGAGGUGGCGGUGAUGAUGAUGAUGAUGACUGACGGAUUGCCCCGCCCUGAGCCAAUCGAGACAGGCGGAUCUCGACCAAUCAGAUGCCACCGUGCCUUCCCCCGAUCGCCUCGUCACAACAACUCCAGACUGUAAAAUAAAGACUGUGCAGCUCUACUUUACCGACCCAAACGUGUUCUGCUCUGCGUUGGUGACGACACCCUGAUGAACCCCUCUACCAGUUUAUGGACCAGUGUGAGGCCACGCCCUCUUCCUGCUCUCCAACCACAGACGUCUGCUGAAACCUUUCUGUCUUCAGAUGCUGAUUUUUGUGCUUUCUGUCUGUUUUGAAGUAUUAUUGCAACCUGUCUGUCAGUAAAGUGUGUGUUGAGGGAUCAGACUGUUUCUUCUGAGUCGCCCCCCCCCCCUUCGCUCUGCAUGCAGGAACAUCUCUGAAAUAUCUGAAGAGUGACGAGUCUCUGCAGCCUCUUUAUGGUGAAACUUGUUGAGCCUGAAUUACUCAGAAAAUUGAACUGUUCCUGUAAUCAGAUGUUUACUCUGCUGCAGGAAUCAGUCAUUAGCAUUUCAAUGCAGCUGUUGUUGAGAAUAUGAAAAAUGUUUAUGUAUUUUUUUUCAAUAUAUCAAUAAAAUAGUUUAGAAGGUUAAACAUAAA